AUCCCAGAUCAGGAAUAAGUGUUCAUUUAUAACCUGGAAAUGUGAGGUGGGUCAAUUCGCCAAUUAACUGACAGACAGACUCGGACACAUGGCGUCCAUUUUGCUGUUCUGACUGGAAAAUUUAUAUCAUUGCAUAACAAAUGAUCACUAGUUAGUAUCUCAACUUUGCAUAGUGCAAAAGUGACAAAAGGACAGAUGCUCUUACUGAUAAAAAGAUCUGCUGAAGAUGCGUGACUCGACAAUUUACUCAACAAUUGUGCAACUUUUCAGUUUGUGCAAAGGAUGAACAGUUUGGCAAUGUUUAAGAAAAAGAAGUAGUCGGACAUUUAAAUAUAUUAUUUUCUUCACUGAAGAACACAAGGCUGAACACAAACGAGAUCUACUGAGAAGAUGGCAAUGACGGUGUUCGUCGUGGCUCUGCUUUCUGUUUUCACGGCGUCUGUUGUCUCUGGGUUCAAGCCGUUCGACUGUUCUGAAAUCUACAAAUCAGGACAAACAGUCAGUGGGGUUUACUCCAUCUAUCCAGCCGGUGACACUCCUGUCUGGGUUUACUGUCAGAUGAUUUCAGAUGGGAAAGAUGAAGAGAAUGGAGGAUGGACGGUGUUUCAGAGACGAAUGGACGGCAGGAUUAACUUCUAUCAGCCAUGGGAAGUGUACAAGAGAGGAUUCGGGACCACCGAGGGCGAAUACUGGCUGGGGCUGGAGAACCUCUACCAGCUGACACGCCACAAGAAGUUCAUGCUGAGAGUGGAUCUGGAGGACUUUGAAGGAAGGAAAGUUUUCGCUCAGUACUCGUCCUUCUCUGUGGGUUCUGAAGCUGAAGGGUAUAAACUGCAGGUCUCUGGAUUCACUGAUGGAGGAGCAGGCGACUCUUUAUCCGCCCAUAAUGAUCGGAAGUUCAGCACUCUUGACAAAGACCAAGACCUCUAUGAAAAGAACUGCGCCAGAUAUUUCCUUGGGGGAUUUUGGUAUACAGUAGGCUGUCACUAUACAAACCCAAAUGGGAUGUAUUUAUGGGGAGAACACAACACACGUUACGCUAUUGGAGUGGUUUGGUCAACCUGGAAGAAUAGUUUCACUCUCAGCAUGAAAACCUUCCUCAUGAAGAUCAAGCCUGUGUCUUAAAACCAUUAGUUUUGCACAAACCCAACACACUGAUUUCAUUAGUGGACAAGAGUAAAAGUUUAAGAUUUUACUUUCCUCAGUGUAACUAAUGAUGUUUCUGUUAUCUGAUUUACUCAAAUCUUCAGAAACAUUAAAUAAAGUCAUAUACUGCAUGCA